AUGGACAGAUUCGAACACACUCCACUCCCCAGGGAUGGCCACCACAUUCGGCUUGUGCGGUUUCGAUCCGUUACUCAGGAGAACAGCGACGAGCCGCUCACACUGAGCCUGAUGACUGCCAAGCUCUCUGAUCAGCCUGUCUUCAAUGCGCUCUCGUAUGAAUGGGGACAUUCCGCCGCUUGUCAUGAAAUCAUUAUCGAUGGACGUCCCUUCAUGAUCCGAGAGAAUCUGUACCGCUUUCUUAGGGUACUGAGCCGUAGCGCACAGAACAGCCUGCCCUGUUUCACAGACGCUAUCUGCAUCAACCAAGAGGAUCUGCUGGAACGCAAUGCUCAGGUCCAGGCGAUUGGGGAGGUCUACUCAGGAGCAGCCAAAGUCUUGGUCUGGCUUGGACCGAGCACGAAGGAGAGUGACUUCAUCUUCGAUCUUUGCAACGACGCUGCUUCUGCUUCAGCCGACGAUGCUGAGGUGGUUGACCGAGUUUCCAACAUCGAUCCAAACACGGAGGAAGGAGAUGCACUAGAUACCGUUUAUCAGAAAUCUUACUGGACACGUCUCUGGAUAAUCCAGGAGCUCUUUCUUGCUCGGGACGCUGUUGUAUUUUGCGGCGAGAAGUCUACGCUGUGGUCCAUCUUUCAAAAUUUGUCUACUUCUACCAAGGGCCACUUUGUCAUGGGUGGCUGGACCGGUGUCGACAUCGCUCUCGGAAGUACGCCUGGCGGGCGCCAUGCGAGGUCUGUUCUGAGCGAGCUUAGGGUAAAAGAGGCGUCGCAGCGAAAGUUUCUCGAUCAGCUGCUUUUGCAGUUUGGUCGGGCGCAGUGUUUGGACGUCAGGGAUCGGGUAUUUGGUCUUCUUGGGAUUGCUGCAUCUCGACAGCCUGAGACGAACGUGCAAGUGGACUACUCGCUGUCAUCCGCCGAACUGUUUGUCCGCGUACUGCAGACUCUUCCCCAUGAGCUCAAUAUCAGGUCGGCGCUCGAGAUCUUCCACAUCCUGAGGCUUCACCACGACCUCGAUGUUUUCAGCAAACGCAACGGGUUCUUGUGGAACGUUCCGCAGGAUAAAGAGUUCCGGAUUGCGUAUAGCCAUAUUGGAACACUCCAGGCAUCUGAUGAUUCGUUCCAGGAGGGAGGCGCACAACGUUUUCAACUCGAAUUCGGCCUGCGACAACGGUCCAUGGUGGCCCAUGGUGUUGGACCACUGAACUAUGUCGGUCCAAAUGAUAGCUGUCUCGUCUCCGAUGAUGAAUCAGUCCAUCAGAACGAUUCCGUCUUCCUCCUCGAAGGCACCAAUCUGGUCAUGAUCCAGCAUGCAGACGAGCCGACAAAGGACGGCCCAUUUGAGCACGAGCCGCUAGAGAAAGGCGCAAAGUAUUCGCGUGGAAUGCUCUGCCACUCGAACGAUGCUGUCGGUGUCAUGGAAGCUGCGAGGUUGUUGAUUUCUGCCUUGCCCGUGCUGCCGGUUUUGUCGCAUACGGACGAUUGCUGGGUGAGAUUCGCCGAGGGACAGCAUUACCAUGUUGCUCACGAGACCUGGAAUAUGAUGCAAGUGGUCUUUGCGUUGGCGCAUUUGGGCAUGAGAACGGAGUACUGGGAUCGACUGGAGUGA